AAGCAACAAACAGUCCAAACCAGAUUCUCACACAACACACCCUGUGAGGGCAAUCUGUUUUACAGCAGCAACCAGAGUGCUCACACUACUACACGUACAAGGAGUCAGCUAUGGAUUAUCUGGAGCAGAUUGAAGAAAUUGUGUCUACUGCCAAAUUCGGAGACUUGAUAGAAUUUAGCUACCCCAUUGGAUAUUCACACUGGGGAGUGUAUGAUGAAGAUGGAUAUGUAAUCCAUUUUGCUGUUGCAGAGGAGGGACAACUGAUGAGCAGCGUACGUACUUCCCUGCAAACAAUCUUCCCUGUGUGUGGGGACCUUCUUCUUGGGGAAACCAGGAUCCGCAGAGUGCCUCUUGGUGAGGUGAAUGUCCCGCAAGGAGCCCAUGUCUUGAUCAGUAACAACCGCCAUGCCUUCACACCAUCAGCACCUAAGGAAAUGAGGCUACGCCGCGACGCCCUUCUUGAUCAGGACUUCUCAUAUCAUCUAUUCAAUCUCAACUGCGAGCACUUUGCCACUUUUGUACGCUAUGGAAAAGCUGUGUGCAACCAGAUUCCUACAAGACCCAAGAAUCUAGAGUGUGUGGAGGCAACUGCAACCUUCCAAGACAUUGUCUGCCCCAAAGAAACUGCUUAAGAAUUUCCAAUUAACCUGCUGACUUUCCAGUUUAUGAUUUCAACUUAACUCAUGCCUUGCAACUUUUUGGUGGUGUUAGAAACAUGAACAACAAGGAACAGCGAUUUGAACUGUUUAUGAAUCAUGCCACUUUUCUUUUUCUUUUUUGGCCCUUGUAUAGCUGGGAUGCCAUUAGUCUUGUGCUAAUUUGUGACUAUGCAAGACACUCUUUGUUUAUUUAUUUUCUUUCUCAAAGAUUUAAUUGCUUGUCAUUGUUGUUGCCAUAAAAUCAACCCUAGAGUUCUGCCA